CUAGUUUUAAAAACUAGUUAAUUCUCAUUAUAGUUAAAGUUAAAGUGUAUUAAUUUCAUUGUUAGUAAAAAAAAUAGGUUGUACACAAAACUAGUUAAUUCACUAGUUAAUUUGAUUAAAGUAAACUUUAAAAUACUAAUUUGCUAUAACUCGAAUUAAUAGUUAGAAUAAUAGUUAAUUACUUUAUUACAAUUUUUUAUUAAUCGCUACAUUUUUUAGAUGGAUCGUCCUAGAUAUUCGGUUGAUAUGGGUAACCUCGAGCGCAACCGAACGAAAGAGCUUGCGAGGAAGAGAUCACGCAAAGGUAAAUCACAUAUCGGUUCUUCAUCUCAAAGUCGACAUGAAUUUGAUACAGGUUACGCAAGGAGGGAUGAGGAUGCGAUGACCGACGAACAACUAGAACAAGAAUUGCACCGACAUAAUUCCCGCUUUUUUCAAGACCAACCGAGGACCAUUGACGAAGAAGAGCUCGAGGACGAGGACGACGAUGUGGAGGAAGUAAUUCCGGAGAGCCACGAUGACGAGGAGAAGGAGGGUGGCGGCAGCCAUGACGCCGACCAGCCUGCCUCAUCCCAAACAGGUACGAAAAAAAGUAAAUCUAAACUAAUGGCUAAUAAUUUUUCUAAGUGGAAGGACCCGAACACCUGGAAUUGGACCGCAACUUGCAAUUGGUGCAAGAAAAACUAUAGCUUGGGGAUUUCCGGCGGAUACAGAUCCGCCACAAGACACCUUAAGUCCAAACACCCGGUGGAGUAUGCAAAAUUAGGCGGCGGAACGGGGAAGCAAACUCAAAUAUCGAGGUUUGCAAAUAACCAACAAGCUUUUGGUAAUUUCUCAUACAAUGAUGCACAAAAUUUGACUGGUAUGACUAACUUACUUGUUGAAGAAAAUUUGCCUUAUUUGUUUUCUGAAAGUCUUGUUUUUCGUGAUUAUGCACAAACUUGUUUAAAUCCGCAAUAUAGAGGUUAUAGUCGCAAAACGGUUAAGAAAGAAAUUUCAAGGCUUUAUGGUGCGAAAAAGGUAAGGUUACAAUUUUUUUUGCAAACUUUGAUGGAUGUGUUACUGUAUGUUCUGACAUAUGGGGAGAUACUUAUCCUAAUUUACAUUAUUUGGGUUUGACUAUACAUUAUAUUGAUAAUGAUUGGCAUAUGCAUAAACGUGUUCUUGCUUUCCGUGAAUUUAAUGAUCGUCACACCGCUGAACAUAUUUAUAUUUUGAUUGAGCGUAUUUUAAUUGAGUAUAAUUUAAUUGAUAAGGUGUUUGCUAUUGGUUUUGAUAAUGCUACUAAUAAUACUGCUGCUAUUCCUAGAUUGCAUGAAUUGUGUGGUUCUACUUCUUUGAUGGGUAGAUUUUUUCAUCAAUGAUGUGCAUGUCAUGUUCCAAAAUUAUGUGUGCAAAAUGGUCUAAAAGCGUUGGGAGCAAUUUAAUUGGAGUUCUUCUUAGAUAUAAACAACAUUUUCCUGCUUUUAUGAAACAAUAUGAUAACUAUAUUAUAAACUCGGCUGAGAUCGACACUUGUGAAAAAAUUUGUAAUGCUUUGAUAUAUUUUAAUAAUGCAACUGAAACUUUUAGUCAUGUUUAUAAACCUACCUCAAACCAAUUUAUUCGUGAAGCUGUUAAUCUCGCCGGUGCUUUUUCAAAUUUUGAGAAUGCUGAUUAUGUGAAUUAUUUUGCUAGUUUUAUGAAGGAAAAGUUUUUAAAAUAUUAUUCACAUAUUUCGCAUAUUUAUGGUAUUGCAUUUGUUCUCGAUCCUCGUUUUAGACUUGAUUCUUUAGAAGAAUGUUUGAAUUAUUAUUAUGCUACUUUUUUUGGUCCAUUGCCAAUGUAUGAGGACAACCCAAUUGAUCCGAAAAAAGAAUACAACGAGGUUAAUGAUAUAUUUUAUGCAUUAUUCAAUGAGUUUCAUGCACAAUAUGGCAAUGCGCCCCCUCCCCCGACACAAACAUCAUCUAAAGGAAAAUCAAUUUUCAAAUCUACAUUUGCCAAUCUUAUUAAAAAAACGAAAUCAAGUCCGGCUACGCAACAAAGCACAAUUAAUGAGAUUUCUUUGUAUUUAACAUAUGAUGUUGAUUUUGAAGAAGAUGAUGAUUUUGACAUACUAAACUGGUGGAAGGGAAAAGAAAGAAUGUUCCCGGUUUUAGCAAAGAUGACUAAGCAAGUGCUAUCAAUGCCGGUUUCAACGGUUGUCGUGGAACAAGAAUUUAGUUCGGCCGGCAAUGUCCUAACGCAAACUAGAACGAGGUUGAGCGCAUAAUCUCUUGAGAUGCUUAUAUGCUACCACGAUUGGUUGAAAGCAGCUUGUAGAGCUCAAGAAAUUGACAUCACCCCAUCCCAACACUUUAUGGAUGAAUCUACAACCGAGGGUGGCUCUACCUAUGCCGGAG